AUGUUGUUCUGGACUACCAUUCUGUCGGCCGCUAUUGUGGCAGGUCUGACUGUCGAUGAAACCGACAAUGGCAUUGUUGUCGAUGUUGAGGGUGACGAUGGCUUCGUUGUGACUAUUGACAACACGGGCUCCAUUUCCUCGCUUCAGUACCGGGACACCGAGUAUCAGUAUUCUGGGACUCUGAGCCACAUUGCCUCUGGCCUUGGAAGCGAUACGACCGUUUCUCAGACUACCGAAGGGAACUAUGCCAUUGUCUCGGCCACAAUCAAGAGCGACGAGUUUGACUUGACUCAUUAUUAUGUCUUCCAGGAUGGCCUCAGUGCAAUCUACAUGGGCACAAACUCGAACUCGCAACCGUCUGUCGGGGAACUGCGCUACAUUGCACGUCUUGUUGGCCUUCCUGAAGCUUAUAAGGAGGGCGAAGUGUCCGAUAUCACCGGCGGUGGAGACGCUAUUGAGGGCAGUGAUGUAUUCGUCGUUGACGGCCAGACGCGCAGCAAGUUCUACUCCUCGCAACGCUUCAUCGACGACUCGGUAUACUGCGCCUACACCUCCGACAGUAGUGUCCACGCCUGCUUCCUGUCUGACACCCGCUCGCGCGAAAAGUCCUCUGGCGGUCCUUUCUUUAGAGACAUCGACCUGAAUCUCGGUAGCGACUACCAUUCCGUGACCUACUACAUGAACUCCGGACACGUACAGACAGAGGCCUUCCGAACGGGCUUCUUCGGCCCUUACAUCCUUUCGUUCACGGGCUCCACAAUCCCGGCCUGGUCCGACUUCGACACUUCCUUCUUCGACGACCUCGCAUUAGACGGGUACGUUGGCUCCUCAGGCCGUGGGGUCGUAGCAGGCUCCGUCAGUGGGACAUCAGACUCCCACCCUGCCAUCGUGCACUUCUACAACGACGACUACCAGUCCUGGACAAACGCCUCUGACGGCUCCUUCACAUCCCCUCAACUCGCGGAGGGCUCAUACACUGUUGCGCUGUACCAAGACGAACUCCUCGCCGCCAACACAACCGUCUCCGUCUCCGCCGGUGCAACAGCCACAGCCUCCCUAUCCGCCGGCAACGAAAUCAUAACCGCCGAACGCACAACAAUCUUCCAAAUCGGAGAGUAUGACGGAACCCCAGCCGGACUCCUAAACGCAGACAAACAGCUCAGGAUGCACCCCUCCGACGACCGCAUGGCCGACUGGAACCCCACGCCCUUCGUCGUCGGCACGGCAGAGGACUCGGAGUUCCCCAUGGCGAUCUUCACAGACGUCAACAAUAACUUCGAGAUCCAGUUCUCGCUAGACGAGGAGAUUUCCGCGGAUACCGUUACCGUGCGGAUUGCGACGACGUUGGCCUUUGCGGGCGGCAGGCCGCAGAUUACCCUGAAUGAGGAUGAGUGUGAGGCCCCUGAGGCGCCGGCGGAGAUUGACUCGCGCGGUGUAACCCGUGGGGCGUAUAGAGGCAAUGGAGAGGUUUAUAGCUGUGAUUUUGAGAAGGGGAGUUUGGUUGUUGGUGACAACUCGGUGUUUAUUAGUGUUGUGUCUGGGAGUAGUGGGGAGGAGUUUUUGAGUCCGAAUGUGGUUAUUGAUGCUGUUGAAGCCUUUUAUUAG